CAUCUUCCCCACAAACACUCUGCAUCGUUAUCUCCUACAUGAAUGAGAGUCUAAGUUCCCUUCAAGCAGAGCUUCCAUCACGGCAUUCAUGGUGGGAAGGUCAUAUGAAGCGUGCAAUCUGGGUAAUCUCAAGUUCCAGUCUUCUAGAUCUAAACUACAAAUCUCCAGAUCUGAAGUAGAAAAUUCGUGACAGUCAACUAAUGGUCAUCUCCGUGCACAUUUCAAUCUUUAUAUAAACCACAAUUUUGGGCAUAAAAUUAAAGUCGUUCAUAUUUAAGCACUCCCUUCUUGUUUCCCUCCACUCUCUUCUUAUACUAAUCUGCUGAAUCUUGAAGCUUGAAGCUAUCAAUUUCGCCUCUAAGGAUUGCAUUUCUUCCCAGUUCCACGUUGCGCACUUUCAAUGAGUCUCGUUUCCAGGAUUCCUUCAAGCACCCAUUUCUCCUCCCAGCUCCCUCACUCGAAAACGCCCGUUUUUUUGAGAGUUUUCUGCAUUCAAUGUGUCUGGGAGAAUAAUAGCCCGCCAGGUGUUUGAGGAAAGUUCGGGGCUUUCUCAGUAAGUCGAAAUGGUGGCGGAGCGUUGGCUGUUGAGGAUGGGAAGUCAGGUGAGCAGUAAUGUUAAGCACGCUUUACUUCUCGAGAAUUCGAAAAAAUUGAAUUCCAAGAAACAGGUGAUAGGCAUACUUUCUUUUGAAGUUGCUAGUGUAAUGUCCAGGAUUAUUCAGCUGUACAGCUCUUUGUCUGACCAUGAGGUGCAUAAGCUCAAAAAUGAAAUCUUGAAGUGUGUAGGGAUAAGAACUCUGGUCUCUGAUGAUGAAACUAGGCUGUUAGAGUUAGCCCUUGUUGAGAAACUGGAUGAUUUGGGUAGAAUUUCUAGUGUGGUGUCUAGGCUGGGGAAGAAGUGCACAAUCCCUGCAUUGCAGGGAUUUGAGCAUGUGUAUGGGGAUGUUACUUCUGGGGCUAUUGAUGUGAGGGAAUUGGGGUUUUUGGUCAAGGAUAUGGAUGGGAUGGUUAGGAAGAUGGAGAGAUAUGUGAACUUAACGGCGAGUUUAUAUGGUGAGAUGGUGGUGCUGAAUGAAUUAGAAGUGGCGACGAGGAAGUUUCAGCAUAAUCACCAUGAGGAGAGUAGGAAAGCUUAUGAGCAAAAGUUGGCUUGGCAGAAACAGGAUGUGAGGCACUUGAAGAAUGUUUCGCUUUGGAAUCAGGAUUAUGAUAAGAUCGUGGAACUGUUAGCUAGGACGUUAUGUACUGUUUAUGCCCGGAUUAGUACUGUUUUUGGAAAUAGAAUUGUGAGGAAGGAUUCGUUGAGUUCAGGCGGGCAUAUUGGAAGAAGAACCGUAAGGAGGAGGAAUGCUAGUUACCAUCCUCAGAAUGGGUUGCAAAGAAGUGAACCGGGAUUUGUUUGUCCAGAUGAUCUCAAUUUUGCCUGUGGAAUGGGACCGGGGAGGUUAUUUAUGGAAUGCAUAAGUUCAAGUUCUGCUUUGAAGGAUGACGAUUCGAGUGGAACGAGGAUCAAUGCAAGGUUCGGACCGAGAAACAAAGUUAUGCUCUACACUUGUCCUAGAACCGUUGGAGCCUCUGCUUUGGCGUUGCACUAUGCAAACGUCAUAAUCGCGAUAGAGAAGCUGCUUUGCUACCCACAUCUAGUUGGCGACGAAGCUAGGGACGAUUUAUACCAAUUGUUGCCAUCAAGCCUAAGAAAAACUUUGAAGGCUAAUCUGAAGUCUUAUAUGAAAGGUUUGGCAAUAUACGAUGCACCUCUCGCCCACGAUUGGAAAGAGAGGCUUGACGAGAUUCUGCAGUGGCUAGCUCCACUGGCACAUAACACAAUCACGUGGCACAGUGAGCAUAACGUCGAGCAGCACGAAAUCGUCAAAAAGACAAACGUACUCCUGCUCCAGACACUGUAUUUUGGCAACCUCGAAAAGACAGAAGCCGCAAUCUGUGAGCUGCUUCUAGGCCUAAAUUACAUAUGCCGGUAUGAGCACCAGCAAAACGCUUUGCUCGACUGUGCAAGCAGCUUGGAUUUCGAAGACUGUGCAGAGUGGCAGUCACAAGUCAGAGCUUCUCUUCAUUCUGGAUAGGAUAAUGACAGUUUCAUAACUAGGUACACAGUUUAUGUUUAUAGUUUCUUAGCUAGCUGCAUUUGUUUGAUAAAAGUAGAAUAAAUCAGAUGAUAGGUCAAACAGGGUGACAGUAUUAGAAUUCAGAACCUUGGACAUUAAGGAUGUCUAAAUAUAAUUAGAAUCUUUCAUUGCUAGUUAUGAAUACAAUGUAGCAUUGUAUCUUGUAUAUGCUCUCUUCAUAUAUGAAUCAGCAGAUCUUCUUAUCUUC